AUGGACUGUUUUGUUGGUGCAUCUACUGGCGCUUUGAAAGGGGUUUCUUUCAAAGAUGGCCACUUUUAUAAUAUAAAUAUUAUUCAUAAUUUGAAACCCGAGUGUGAUGGGAUUACUAGUAUGUGCUGGACUUCGGAAGACCAAACUGAGCUUUUAACGGUGCAGCUCAAUCGACAGUUAAAGUUAUAUGAUGCAAAGAAUGAUUUACUGUCACCACUAUUUGAAGUCAGUGGAGGAAGUGGUAGUGUUAGAGGCAUUUAUAUGAUGAAAAAUAAGACUGUCGUAUCUGCUACUGAAUCAGGAAGUUUAUGCCUUUGGGAUCAGAAAGGGAAGGCAUUGACGGAACUAGAUGCAGGUAAAAAUCUGUUAGUAAUGAUACCAGACAGCAAUGACGAAAAUAGAUGUGCAACUGGUGGAAAAGAAAAUCCGUUGAAAAUUUGGGAUUUGGAGAAGGGGAUGAAAACAUUUACUGCUAAAAAUGUACGCCCAGACAGCCUUCAGUUGAGGGUUCCAAUUUGUGAUAAUGAUAUUAGAUUUUUAUCUGAUGCACGCAGUAUUGUUACCGCGACAGGGACCUGUCAGUUUCGGCUUUAUGACCCGCGAGCUCAAAGGAGACCUGUAAAAGAAAUGAAAUGGCUUGAAGAGCCAGUGACUGCAUUAUCGCUCUGCUCUUCUCCGAAUCUGUUUCUUGCAGGAAAUACGCGUGGUGAUAUGGGACUAUUUGAUAUUAGAAAUAAAAUGAGUAUGGUGUGUAAAUAUAAGGGCUUCGCUGGGUCUAUCAGGGGGAUAGCUGCACAUUCACAAUCGCCCUACGUAGCUUCUUGUUCUAUUGAUCGGUUUGUACGUCUACACGAUUUGAAUACGAAGCAACUAUUAAAGAAGGUUUAUUGUAAAGUUAAAUUGAACCGUAUAUUGUUGAACGACGACUUUUCGCUAUCGGACAAUAACGCUGUCAAUAAAAAAGAGCUGAUUGAUUACGAAAACAGCUGGAAGGAACUUGAAGCAAGUUUUGCUUUUCUUUUGGAAUUGGGAGAUGAAGGCAGUUCUGGCGGUUCUGCUAGCGAGGAGGAUGAAGCGUUGUGGAAUGACAUGAAAGGAGUCAGAGAUAGUGAGAAGAGAAAACAUGAACCAGCUACAACUGAGUAUGGUGAAGAUACUGCACUUAAGAAGCCAAAAAUUGAAGAAAUGAAGCGACGUCACACCCCAGAUGUAGCCGAAAGUGUGGUUCAAGUGAAAAAAAGACGAAUUAAACGGUUAAAGAGGAAAUGGAAAGAACCGUCGCAAGAAAAUGUUGUUAUUGUAAAUUAG